AUGUCUACCAUCUUGAUUUCAGGUUCCAACAAAGGAAUUGGCCGCGGCCUUGUCGCCAAGUACAUAGCUCGCGAUAAUGUGACUGUGAUCGCAGCCGUCCGCAACCCAAGCUCAUCGGAGGCAACCUCUCUCUCUGACUUUCCCACGGGCAAGAAUAGUCGGUUGAUUAUUGUCAAAAUUGACGCCAGCUCUAACACCGACGCCAAAUCCGCAGUGGAGACAUUAUCUAGCCAGGGCAUCUCGGCUCUAGACAUCGUCAUCGCUAAUGCGGGAGUCUUCGAUACAGCUGCUUUCACCACCGUUGCCGAUUCCACUAUUGCGCAGAUCCAAACCCAUCUAGAUGUGAACACUCUCGGUCCUGUACGCCUCUUCCAGGCUACACUUCCUCUGCUUGAGAAGUCGUCCUCUGCUCGCUUCAUCCUAAUUAGUAGCAUGAUGGGAACGAUCAGAGGUAUUGAAGAUAUCCCGCUUAAAAUUGCGCCUUACGGUGCUAGCAAAGCUGCAGCAAACUUCUUUAUCCGGAAAAUCAACUUUGAACAUGAAAAUAUUUCGACCUUGGCUAUCCAUCCUGGGGCCGUUAAAACCGAUGCUGGAAAUGCAGGUGCCCGAGCUGCGGGCUACCCUAGCGCUUUCGUUGAAGUUGAGGAUAGCGUGAAUGCACUUGUCGCCAAAAUCGAUGGCUUGACCAAGAGAAACGGAGCGGGAGAGUUCUGGGGCUUCGAUGAUACUAUUAUCGACUGGUAG